CAGAGGACUCAUACGAAGACAUUUAUGUGAAUGAAGAUGUUCCUGAGACUCGGGUGACCAGAAGCCAUAAGGGAACUAUGACUUCAGGAGAGGACACUGCAUGGAACAAGUGUUACAGACCGACUGCAGUGUGUGUGGUGCUGCUGUGUGUUUUUCUACUGUCUGCUGUCACAGUGCUGUGGUUCAAAUACAACAUUCUAAAGACAGAAAACAACCAGCUACAGACCAGUUACAACAACCUGACUAUAGAGAGAGACCAGUUACAGACCAGUUACAACAACUUGACUAUAGAGAGAGACCAGCUACAGAGGGAGAGAGACAGAUACCUGAGGACACCUGCUGAUUUGGGGAAGUGUUUCAGCUUCAGCUACAGUCUUUAUUUCAUAUCUAAUGAGGAGAAGAGCUGGACUGAGAGCAGAGAGGACUGUAUAAAGAGAGGAGCAGACCUGGUGAUCAUAAACAGCCAAGAUGAACAGGUGUUCAUCGCUAAACAGCUGCAAGGAAAUCGAGCUUGGAUUGGUCUGAGUGACAGCGACAAAGAGGGAGUGUGGAAAUGGGUGGACGGUACACUACUGACCAAUGGGUAA